AUUUUCCCCGGAAAUUGCAAGAAAAUUUAGUGAUCAUCAAUUUUCACUUUUCACUAAUUUUCGUAGAAAAGUCAUCAUUUGUCAGAUCUUAAGGCAUGGGAACAAACGGGACAACAUGUCCAGGACCAAUGAAAGCAACCUCUAAUGGAGUGUUCCAAGGAGAGAAUCCUCUGGAUCACGCGUUGCCUCUUCUGAUACUUCAGAUCUGUAUCGUUCUUCUUCUCACUCGUCUUCUUGCUUUUCUCCUCCGUCCUCUCCGGCAGCCACGUGUAAUCGCCGAGAUUGUCGGUGGAAUAUUACUUGGACCAUCAGCACUUGGGAAAAGUUCAAAGUUUAUCAACACAAUUUUCCCACCAAAGAGUCUAACGGUUUUAGACACACUUGCAAACUUAGGACUCAUCUUCUUCCUAUUCCUCGUUGGUCUCGAGCUCGAUCCCAAAUCCCUCAAGCGAACGGGAAAGAAAGCUCUCUCUAUCGCUCUCGCCGGAAUCACUCUUCCUUUUAUAUUAGGCAUUGGAACUUCUUUUGCUCUUCGCAGUUCCAUAGCUGAUGGAGUCAGCAAAGCUCCUUUCCUUGUCUUCAUGGGUGUUGCUCUCUCCAUUACCGCUUUUCCUGUCUUGGCUCGAAUACUCGCUGAGAUCAAGCUUCUAACCACUGAUAUCGGAAAGAUUGCUUUGUCGGCUGCUGCAGUCAAUGACGUGGCUGCUUGGAUUCUCCUUGCUCUCGCGGUGGCUCUCUCUGGAGAGGGAAGCUCUCCGCUAACAUCUCUCUGGGUGUUUCUCUCGGGUUGCGGUUUCGUUCUGUUCUGUAUCUUUGUUGUGCAACCAGGGAUUAAGUUGAUUGCUAAACGUUGUCCUGAAGGAGAACCAAUAAAUGAACUUUACGUGUGUUGCACGUUAGGUAUCGUUCUUGCAGCUAGCUUCGUCACGGACUUGAUUGGGAUCCACGCGCUGUUCGGUGCGUUUGUGAUCGGGGUUAUUUUCCCUAAAGAAGGAAAUUUCGCGAAUGCUUUGGUUGAGAAAGUUGAGGAUCUUGUGUCAGGACUUUUCUUGCCGCUCUACUUCGUCUCAAGUGGUUUAAAAACGGAUGUGGCGACGAUCCAAGGAGCUCAGUCUUGGGGACUCUUGGUUUUGGUUAUAUUUAAUGCUUGUUUCGGUAAAAUCGUUGGUACAGUCCUAGUUUCCCUUUACUGCAAAGUUCCGCUUGACCAGUCUUUAGCGCUUGGUUUCUUGAUGAACACGAAAGGCCUUGUUGAGCUCAUCGUCCUCAACAUUGGUAAAGACAGAGGGGUUCUGAACGAUCAAGUUUUCGCUAUAAUGGUUCUAAUGGCGAUUUUCACCACGUUCAUGACGACUCCUCUAGUUCUAGCGGUGUACAAACCGGGUAAAUCCUUAACCAAAGGUGAUUACAAGAACCGAACGGUGGAGGAGACGAACCGGUCAAACAAACCGCUCUGUCUCAUGUUCUGUUUCCAAAGCAUAAUGAACAUCCCCACGAUUGUCAACCUCAUAGAAGCAUCCCGAGGUAUAAACCGUAAAGAAAAUCUAUCAGUCUACGCGAUGCAUCUUAUGGAGCUUUCGGAGAGAUCAUCGGCUAUACUUAUGGUACACAAGGUCCGGAGAAACGGCCUUCCUUUCUGGAACAAAGACAAAACAGGGAACAAUAGUUCUUCUUCCGACAUGGUUGUGGUUGCAUUUGAAGCUUUCAGGCGACUUAGUCGUGUCUCAGUACGUCCCAUGACGGCUAUCUCACCAAUGGCGACUAUACAUGAGGAUAUUUGCCAAAGCGCAGAACGCAAGAAAACCGCUAUGGUGAUUCUUCCGUUUCACAAGCACGUUAGGCUGGACAGAACAUGGGAGACGACUCGAAACGAUUACCGUUGGAUUAACAAGAAGGUUAUGGAGGAAUCUCCAUGUUCUGUUGCGAUUCUGGUUGAUCGUGGACUUGGUGGUACGACACGUGUCGCGUCUAGUGAUUUCUCGUUGGCUAUAACGGUUUUGUUUUUUGGAGGGAAUGAUGAUCGCGAGGCGUUAGCGUUUGCGGUGCGAAUGGCGGAACAUCCCGGGAUAACCUUAACCGUUGUUCGGUUUAUUCCUAGCGAGGAAUUUAAACCGGAAAACGUGAAGGUUGAGAUAAUCGAAGAUCAGGUUGGUUCAGGAGAAACCAGAUUGAUUGAUAUUGAAGCUAUAACCGAACUUAAAGCAAAGAUAAAAGAACAAGAAAGUUCUCGUUCUAAUUCGGAUUCGGAAUCUCAAAUCGUUUACGAAGAGAAAAUCGUGAAAUGUUACGAGGAAGUUAUCGAGGUUAUUAAUGAGUAUUCUAGAAGUAACCUUUUCUUGGUGGGGAAGUCACCGGAAGGUUUAGUGGCGUCAGGGGUAAACUUGGUAAGAAGCGACACACCGGAGCUUGGACCGAUCGGGAACUUGUUUACGGCAAGCGAAAGUAUUUCGACUGUGGCGUCAGUGUUGGUGGUGCAACAGUACACAACAAGCCGUCCGGUCGUGGGUUCGAAGAACGUCACAAUUGAGUCGCUGGUUGAGGAUUCAGAGAGUCCUUAGUGAAUUUUAUCUUUGUGAUUCCAAGACUCGAAAGGUCAAAGAUUGGCUUGUAUAAUAAGUAAUAACGUUUGUUUCAUAUUGUAAAUAAUAACUACGUAUAUAUGAUUUCUGUAAGCUAAGGUCUCCGUGACAUUUUCUUCUUUUAAUUUACAUGACCAACUAAUAUAACAUCAAUUGAACU